AUGGCCGCCGCCAUCCCCAACGGCCACCCCGCCACCGCCUGCGACGGCACGCCCCUGUCCCCGCCGCCGUCCUCGUCCUCGCUGGUGUUCCUGGGCACGGGCUGCUCAAGCGCCGUCCCCAACGCGAGGUGCCUGAUCCAGCCCCCCGACCCGCCCUGCGCCGUCUGCUCCCAGUCCCUCUCCGUGCCCCCGGAGCUAAACCCCAACUACAGAUGUUGUACUUCUCUCCUGAUUGAUUAUUGCCAAGAUGAAGGUGCACACAAGUAUAUUAUAAUUGAUGUUGGGAAAACAUUCCGAGAACAAGUUCUGCGGUGGUUCGUUCGCCACAAAAUCCCUUGCGUUGAUUCUAUUAUUCUGACUCAUGAGCACGCAGAUGCGAUCUUGGGUCUUGAUGAUGUUCGGGUAGUACAGCCAUUUAGUCCUACAAAUGAUAUUGAUCCCACUCCUAUUUAUCUCUCCCAAUAUGCCAUGGACAGCAUUUCCCAAAAGUUUCCCUACUUGGUCAAAAAGAAACUGAAGGAAGGGGAGGAGGUCAGGCGAGUUGCUCAACUUGACUGGAGAAUAAUUGAGAGUGAUCUUCAGAAACCAUUUACUGCCUCGGGGCUAGAGUUUGUUCCCUUGCCGGUGAUCCAUGGAGAGGACUACAUUUGUCUGGGUUUCCUUUUUGGAACAAAAUCUAGAGUUGCUUAUAUAUCUGAUGUUUCACGGUUUCCUCCUAGCACGGAAGAUGCAAUUUCGAAGUCUGGCGGGGGGCAGCUUGAUUUGCUCAUCUUGGACUGCCUAUACAGGACUGGUUCUCAUAAUGUGCAUCUUUGUUGGGAUCAGACACUAGAUGCUCUUAAGAGGAUAUGCCCGAAAAAGGCAUUGCUCAUUGGGUUGACUCAUGAGAUGGACCAUUACAAGGACAACCAGACAUUGGAAGAAUGGUCCAGAAGAGAGGGGAUCGAUGUGCAGUUAGCUCGCGAUGGCUUGCGUGUCUACAUGGAUCUGUAAAUGUGGCAAGGACCUUCGUCGAUCCAGCGACCUGCACCAAGUUCACAGUUGUUACAAUUCAGCUGCUGUUGAGAAGAAAAUGAAGGAUACGAAAUGUUACUCAGCGGUGCCAGCUUAAUCCAUGGCCAUCCAACAGACAAAGGCUAGUUGAAUCAUCUAUGAACUGAUUCAAAAUGAAUAACAAGUGAAGAAGUCGCUCACAGAUUAACUCUUUUUUGGUAGCCCCACACUUGAAUGUAGCCCCUGCAUUGGAUGCAUUUUAGUGCCGACAGAUAGCAAAUAGUGUUAUGUAAAUAUACGGCUGUUUCGAAACCCUCAGGCCUUGUUUGGUACUACCAAAGUUUUUGUGGGGAUAAUCCCCAGUUGUUCCUAA